AUGGAGCAUGUUGAGUCACAAAUGGGAAGGGAUACUAUUCCUUCUCAAUGGGGAGGCAAGAAGGUACGUUCUUCAAUUGAGCCUAGAGGUAAGGACUCUAACUUCUUAGAAGAAAGAGUUUCUAUGUUAGAAAAUGUUCUAUCCUCUAUGGAUGAGCGGUUCCAAAGGAUAGAACAUGACAAGGAGACCCUCGAGGCUCACGUGUUAGGAGAACUAGAUGCUUUCAAAGAAAGCAUGCUCCAAAUCGAAGAGAAGCUUGAGAAUUCCUUGAAGCUAUUUGAGGAAGUUCGAGUUUGGUUCGAGGAGGCGAAAUCUCGACCAACCAUUAUAAGGGAGACGACAAAGAUUGAUCUCCCCAAGCCAAAGGAGUUCAAGGGCGUAAGGGACGCUCGCAAGGUGGAGAACUUCCUAUGGCAAAUGGAGAGGUACUUCGAAGGCCAAGGGGUGGUCGAAGAAGCAAUAAAGGUACGCACUGCAGCUCUCUACCUUUCUGAUAAUGCUACUUUGUGGUGGAGGAGAAAGUGCGUAGAUAUGGAGAAUGGUACUUGCAACAUAACCACAUGGGAAGAUUUCAAAAGGGAGUUGAAAAGACAAUUCUUCCCUGAAAAUGUGGUUUAUGAAGCAAGAAAGAAGUUGAGGGAGUUGAAGCACAAGAGUACAAUUAGUGACUACGUAAAGGAGUUCACUACUCUCACGCUUCAAAUCCCCAACUUAGCAUCAGAUGAUGCAUUGUUCUUCUUCAUUGAUGGACUCCAACCUUGGGCAAAGCAAGAACUACAAAGAAGGAAUGUUAAGGAUGUCGAUGAGGCCAUCGUGAUGGCCGAAUCACUCACUGAGUAUCAUAGGGGAGACUUUAAACCCAAGUCUUCCUCCAAGCCUAGUUCUGCUAAAGGUGGGGGAGACAAGGGGAAGAGUUUCUCAAUCAAGAAGGAAGGAAAAUACUCUUCAAAGAAAGAGUACGAGGAAAAGAAGAAGGCUUUCGUGCCCAAAGGAGGAUGCUUCGUGUGCAAGGGGCCACACCAAAUGAAGGACUGUCCCAAGCUAGGGACUCUGGCAUCUAUCGCCGAGGAACGAGAAGCUCAAACUCAAGUAACUGAGUGUGUUGGAUCCAUCCAACACAUAAAUGCUGUGAAGGGCAAAGAGGCAAGCACCGCAGAAAAGAAAGGCUUGAUGUAUGUCAAAGCCUUUAUCAAUGAAAAACCUGUCAUGGCUAUGAUCGACACUGGUGCUACACACAACUUCAUCACGCCUGAUGAAGCAAGGAGGCUCGGGUUGAAGAUCACCGAAAAGAAUGGUUGGUUCAAACCCGUGAAUACCAAGGGUGAACCCCUUAAGGGAGUAGCAAAAGGGGUUGAGAUGACUCUUGGUUCUUGGAAGGGCCUUGUGGAUUUCUCAGUAGCACCCAUGGAUGAUUUUAAAAUAGUCAUCGGGCUCGAUUUGCAAAGGAAGGCAAAUAUAAUACCUAUACCAUACUACGACAUAGUAUGCGUCAUGGAGAAAGGGUCUCCAUGCAUGGUCCCUACAGUCUCUAAAGUUGGAGGACCACCGAUACUCUCUGCUAUGCAACUCAAGAAAGGGUUCAAGAAGGGAGAGAUUACAUAUUUGGCUCUACUACAAGAGGAGUUAACACUUGAAAGAGAAGACGUUCCUCUCGAAAUCAAGGAAGUCCUUGAAGAAAAUAAGGAUGUGAUGCCUUCCGAGUUGCCAAAACAACUACCACCUAGGAGGAAGGUGGACCACAAGAUUGAAUUGGAGUUAGGAGCAAAGUCGCUCGCCUCAACACCGUAUAGAAUGACACCGCCAGAACUCGAGGAGUUGAAGAAGCAACUCAAGGAUUUGCUAGAUGCUGGGUUCAUCCGUCCAUCGAAGGCACCUUAUGGCGCACCAGUCUUAUUCCAAAAGAAGCAUGAUGGUUCAUUGAGGCUAUGCAUCGACUAUCGAGCACUUAACAAGGUAACCAUCAAGAACAAAUACCCCAUUCCUUUGAUAGCCGAUUUGUUUGAUCAACUUGGUAGAGCCAAGUGGUUCUCAAAGCUAGAUUUGAGGUCAGGAUAUCACCAAGUGAGAAUUGCCGAUGGUGAUGAGCCUAAGACCACGUGUGUCACGAGGUAUGGAUCGUAUGAGUGGUUGGUGAUGCCUUUUGGCUUGACCAACGCUCCUGCGACCUUCUGUACCUUGAUGAAUGAGAUCUUUCGACCUUACCUUGAUCGGUUUGUAGUGGUCUACUUGGAUGACAUUGUUGUCUAUAGCAAUACUUUGGAGGAACAUGUAGAACAUUUACGAACCGUGUUCAAGAUCUUGCGAGAGAAUAACCUAUAUGUGAAGAAGGAAAAGUGUUCCUUUGCAAGGGACGAAGUCCACUUCUUAGGACACAUCAUUAAAGGUGGAACUCUCUGCAUGGAUCAAGGAAAGGUGAAGGCUAUCAAAGAGUGGGAGCCGCCAAACAAGAUAUCUGAAUUGAGGUCAUUCCUUGGGUUGGCUAAUUACUAUCGGAGGUUUAUCAAGGGAUACUCUGCUAAGGCUGCACCAUUAACUGAUCUUCUCAAGAAGAAUCACUCUUGGGAAUGGUCAAAGGAGUGUCAAAAGGCAUUUGAUGAGUUGAAGGCUGGUAUCACAGAAGGACUAGUACUAGCACUACCCAACUACUCAAAGGUAUUUGAAGUCCACACUGAUGCUUCUGACUACGCUAUUGGAGGAGUUCUGAUGCAAGAAGGACAUCCUAUUGCCUUUGAGAGUCACAAGUUGAAUGAUACAAAGAGGCGUUACACUGUCCAAGAGAAGGAGAUGACCGCGGUGGUGCAUUGUCUGAGAACUUGGCGUCACUACUUGCUUGGUUCACACUUCAUCGUCAAGAUAGACAAUGUGGCUACAAGCUACUUCCAAACUCAAAAGAAGUUAAGCCCCAAACAAGCUAGGUGGCAAGACUUCUUGGCUGAGUUUGAUUUUGAAUUUGAAUACAAGUCAGGCAAGACUAAUGUGGUAGCUGAUGCGCUGAGUCGCAAGGCUGAGUUGGCGGCCAUUUCUAUGGCUGAAGGAGAUAUUGUGCAUACCAUCAAGGAAGGGUUGCAUCACGAUCCACUAGCCAAGAAGUUGGUGGAGUUGGCUAGAGAAGGUAAGACCAAAAGAUUUUAG